CCGGGAGCGGCGCCGCGCGGCCUCCUCCCCCGCCCGCCCGCAACUCCGGCCCGGCCGCAGCGACGCCGCUGCCGCGGGAGUAAAGGUCGCGCCGGCAGGGAGCGAGCCGGUCGCGGCGCCUCCAGGAAGCCGGCGGGACAGGUCGGGGGAAAGGGACGAGAAACACACAAACUCUCGGCCAGCCCAGGAAGAUGGCGCCAGGCGGGCUGGCCGUGGACUGAGAGCCACCGGGGCAGCGAGGAGCCGGGACCUGCCGCCGCCGGGGCACGAGCGAGGGCAGUCUGCAGGCACGGCGCCCCGGGCUCGGCCCUGCCCGCGGGGUCAUGUCGGUCAGCGAGCUCUACAGCCAGUACACACGGGUCUGGAUCCCUGACCCUGACGAAGUGUGGCGCUCAGCUGAACUAACCAAGGACUACAAGGAGGGCGACCGGAGCCUCCAGCUCAGACUGGAAGAUGAAACUAUUCGGGAAUACCCCAUUGAUGUCCAAAGCAACCAGCUGCCCUUCUUGCGGAAUCCAGAUAUCUUGGUGGGAGAAAAUGACCUGACUGCCCUUAGCUAUCUCCAUGAGCCUGCAGUUUUGCAUAAUUUAAAGGUCCGUUUCCUGGAGUCGAAUCAUAUCUACACUUACUGUGGUAUCGUGCUUGUUGCCAUUAACCCUUAUGAACAAUUGCCAAUCUAUGGACAAGAUGUCAUUUAUGCCUACAGCGGCCAAAACAUGGGGGAUAUGGACCCCCACAUCUUUGCUGUGGCAGAAGAAGCCUACAAGCAGAUGGCCAGAGACGAGAAGAACCAGUCCAUCAUAGUCAGCGGGGAGUCUGGAGCCGGCAAGACUGUGUCAGCCAAAUACGCCAUGCGCUAUUUUGCCACGGUUGGUGGCUCAGCCAGUGACACCAACAUUGAAGAGAAGGUCCUGGCGUCCAGUCCCAUCAUGGAGGCCAUCGGAAAUGCUAAAACCACUCGCAAUGACAACAGCAGCCGUUUUGGAAAGUAUAUUCAGAUCGGCUUUGACAAAAGGUACCACAUCAUUGGGGCCAACAUGAGGACCUACCUGUUGGAGAAAUCUAGAGUGGUCUUCCAGGCAGAUGACGAGAGGAAUUACCACAUCUUUUACCAGCUCUGUGCUGCUGCCAGUCUUCCGGAAUUUAAAGAGCUCGCACUAACCUGCGCCGAAGACUUCUUCUAUGCGUCCCAGGGGGGAGACACGGCCAUCGAGGGUGUGGACGAUGCUGACGACUUUGAGAAGACUCGCCAGGCCUUCACACUGCUCGGAGUGAGAGACUCCCAUCAGAUAAGCAUUUUUAAGAUAAUUGCUUCUAUCCUGCACCUUGGAAAUGUGGAGAUUCAGGCUGAGCGCGAUGGUGAUUCCUGUAGUAUAUCACCGCAGGAUGAACACCUGAGCAACUUCUGCCGACUGCUAGGGGUAGAGCACAGUCAGAUGGAGCACUGGCUGUGCCAUCGCAAACUGGUCACCACCGCAGAGACCUACGUCAAGACGAUGUCCCUCCAGCAGGUGGUCAACGCGCGCAACGCCCUGGCCAAGCACAUCUACGCCCAGCUGUUCGGCUGGAUCGUGGAGCACGUGAACAAGGCCCUGCACACCUCGCUGAAGCAACACUCCUUCAUUGGGGUCCUGGACAUCUAUGGGUUUGAGACGUUUGAAAUAAACAGCUUUGAGCAGUUUUGUAUCAACUAUGCAAAUGAGAAGCUCCAGCAGCAGUUUAACUCGCAUGUAUUCAAACUGGAGCAAGAAGAAUACAUGAAGGAGCAGAUCCCUUGGACGUUGAUUGAUUUUUAUGACAACCAGCCUUGUAUCGACCUCAUAGAAGCUAAGCUGGGCAUCCUGGACCUGUUGGAUGAAGAAUGUAAGGUCCCCAAAGGAACUGACCAGAAUUGGGCUCAGAAGCUCUAUGACCGGCACUCCAGCAGCCAGCACUUCCAGAAACCCCGCAUGUCCAACACAGCCUUCAUCGUCGUGCAUUUCGCAGAUAAGGUGGAGUACCUGUCUGAUGGUUUUCUGGAGAAAAACAGAGACACGGUGUAUGAAGAGCAGAUCAACAUCCUGAAGGCCAGCAAGUUCCCGCUAGUGGCUGACUUGUUUCAUGAUGAGAAGGACUCUGCUCCGGCCCCCACCACAACUGGAAAGGGCUCGUCUUCAAAGAUCAACAUCCGCUCCGCCAGACCCCAAAUGAAAGCCUCCAACAAGGAGCACAAGAAAACCGUGGGCCACCAGUUCCGCACCUCCCUUCACCUGCUCAUGGAGACCUUGAACGCCACCACGCCGCACUAUGUCCGAUGUAUCAAGCCCAACGACGAGAAGCUCCCCUUCCACUUUGACCCAAAGAGAGCAGUGCAGCAGCUCCGAGCAUGCGGGGUGUUAGAGACCAUCCGAAUCAGUGCGGCCGGCUACCCGUCCAGGUGGACCUACCAUGAUUUCUUCAACCGGUAUCGAGUGCUGGUCAAGAAGAGAGAGCUCGCCAACACAGACAAAAAGGCCAUCUGCAAGUCUGUCCUGGAGAACCUCAUCAAGGACCCUGACAAGUUCCAGUUUGGCCGCACCAAGAUCUUCUUCCGGGCAGGCCAGGUGGCCUACCUGGAGAAGCUUCGGGCUGACAGGUUCCGGGCAGCCACCAUCAUGAUCCAGAAAACGGUCCGGGGCUGGCUGCAGAAGGUGAAAUACCGCAGGUUGAAGGGAGCUACCUUAACUCUGCAGAGGUACUGCCGAGGACACCUGGCCCGCAGGCUGGCCGAGCAUCUGCGCAGGAUCCGGGCGGCCGUGGUGCUCCAGAAGCAGUACCGCAUGCGGAGGGCCCGCCUGGCCUACUGCAGGGUCCGCACGGCUGCCAUCGUCAUCCAGGCCUUCACGCGAGGCAUGUUUGUGCGGAGACACUACUGCCAGGUCCUCUGGGAGCACAAGGCCACCAUCAUCCAGAAGCACGUGCGGGGCUGGACGGCACGCAGGCACUUCUUGCGGCUACGGGGCGCGGCCAUUGUCAUCCAGUGCGCUUUCCGGAGGCUCAAGGCCAAGCAAGAGCUGAAAGCGCUCAAGAUCGAGGCCCGCUCUGCAGAGCACCUGAAACGCCUCAACGUGGGCAUGGAGAACAAGGUGGUGCAGCUGCAGCGGAAGAUUGAUGACCAGAACAAAGAGUUCAAGACUCUGUCAGAGCAGUUGUCGGCGGUCACUUCCACACACACCAUGGAGGUGGAGAAGCUGAAGAAGGAGCUGGCCCACUAUCAGCAGAGCCAAAGUGGGGACAGCAGCCUGAGGCUGCAGGAGGAGGUGGAGAGCCUGCGGACCGAGCUGCAGCGAGCCCACUCAGAGCGCAAGAUCCUGGAGGACGCCCACACCAGGGAGAAGGAUGAGCUGAGAAAGCGAGUUGCAGACCUGGAGCAAGAAAACGCUCUCUUGAAAGAUGAGAAAGAACAGCUUAACCACCAAAUCCUGUGCCAAUCGAAAGAUGAAUUUGCCCAGAACUCUGUCAAGGAAAAUCUCCUGAUGAAGAAAGAGCUGGAGGAGGAGCGUUCCCGGUACCAGAACCUCGUGAAGGAAUAUUCACGGUUGGAGCAGAGAUACGAUAACCUUCGGGACGAGAUGACCAUCAUUAAGCAAACCCCAGGCCACAGGCGGAACCCAUCAAACCAAAGUAGCUUAGAGUCUGACUCCAAUUACCCCUCCAUCUCCACAUCUGAGGUCGGAGACACAGAGGAUGCCCUCCAACAGGUGGAGGAAAUUGGCCUGGAGAAGGCGGCAAUGGACUUGACAGUCUUCCUGAAGCUGCAGAAGAGAGUGCGGGAGCUCGAGCAGGAGAGGAAGAAGCUUCAGGUGCAGCUGGAGAAGAGAGAACAGCAGGACAGCAGGAAAGUUCAGAUGGAGCAGCCAAAGAAUGACAUGGAUUUGGACCAGGAUGCAGACCUGGCCUACAAUAGCCUGAAGAGGCAAGAGCUGGAGUCCGAGAACAAGAAGCUGAAGAAUGACCUGAACGAACUGAGGAAAGCUGUGGCCGACCAAGCCACCCAGAACAACUCCACCCACAGCUCCCCAGACAGCUACAGCCUCCUGCUGAACCAGCUCAAGCUGGCCAACGAGGAGCUCGAGGUUCGCAAGGAGGAGGUGCUCAUCCUGAGGACGCAGAUCGUCAGCGCCGACCAGCGCCGACUUGCUGGCAAGAGCACGGAGCCAAACAUUGAUGCCAGAACAAGUUGGCCUAACAGCGAAAAGCACGUAGACCAGGAAGACGCCAUCGAGGCCUAUCACGGGGUCUGCCAGACAAACAGCAAGACUGAGGAUUGGGGUUAUUUGAACGAAGAUGGAGAACUCGGCUUGGCCUACCAAGGCUUAAAGCAAGUUGCCAGGCUGCUGGAGGCUCAGCUGCAGGCCCAGAGCCGAGAGCAUGAGGAGGAGGUGGAGCAGCUCAAGGCCCAGGUGGAGACCCUGAAGGAGGAGCUGGACAGGCAGCAGCAGACCUUCUGCCAGACGCUGCUGCUCUCCCCGGAGGCCCAGGUGGAGUUCGGCGUCCAGCAGGAGAUAUCGCGGCUGACCAAUGAGAACCUGGACCUUAAAGAACUGGUAGAAAAGCUGGAAAAGAAUGAGAGAAAGCUUAAAAAACAACUGAAGAUUUAUAUGAAGAAAGUCCAGGACCUAGAAGCUGCCCAGACAUUAGCUCAGAGUGAGAAGAAGCGCCAUGAGCUCAACAGGCAGGUCACCGUCCAACGGAAAGAGAAGGACUUCCAGGGCAUGCUGGAAUACCACAAGGAAGACGAGGCCCUUCUCAUUCGGAACCUGGUGACAGAGCUGAAGCCCCAGACGCUGGCAGGCUCGGUGCCCAGCCUUCCCGCUUACAUCCUCUACAUGUGCAUCAGGCACGCAGAUUACGUCAACGACGACCUCAGGGUACACUCCUUGCUGACCUCCACCAUCAACGGCAUUAAGAAAGUCCUCAAGAAGCACAAUGACGACUUUGAGAUGACAACGUUCUGGCUGUCCAAUACCUGCCGCCUCCUUCAUUGUUUGAAGCAGUACAGCGGGGAUGAGGGCUUCAUGACUCAGAACACCGCCAAGCAGAAUGAGCACUGCCUGAAGAACUUUGACCUCACUGAAUACCGUCAGGUGCUGAGUGACCUCUCCAUUCAGAUCUACCAGCAGCUCAUUAAAAUCGCCGAGGGUGUGUUGCAGCCUAUGAUAGUUUCAGCCAUGUUGGAAAAUGAGAGCAUUCAGGGUCUAUCUGGUGUGAAGCCAACAGGCUACCGGAAGCGCUCCUCCAGCAUGGUGGACGGCGAGAACGCGUACUGCCUGGAAGCCGUCAUCCGCCAGAUGAAUUCCUUUCACACAGUCAUGUGCGACCAGGGCCUGGACCCCGAGAUCAUCCUGCAGGUGUUCAAACAGCUCUUCUACAUGAUCACUGCGGUGACUCUCAACAACCUGCUCCUGCGGAAGGACGUCUGCUCCUGGAGCACGGGCAUGCAGCUCAGGUACAACAUAAGUCAGCUUGAGGAAUGGCUUCGGGGAAGAAACCUGCACCAGAGUGGAGCAGUUCAAACCAUGGAACCUCUGAUCCAAGCAGCCCAGCUCUUGCAGUUAAAGAAGAAAACCCCCGAGGACGCUGAGGCCAUCUGCUCUCUGUGCACCUCCCUCAGCACCCAGCAGAUUGUGAAAAUUUUAAACCUUUAUACACCCCUGAAUGAAUUUGAAGAACGGGUAACAGUGGGCUUUAUACGAACGAUCCAGGCACAACUACAAGAGCGGAAUGACCCUCAGCAACUGCUGUUAGACUACAAGCACAUGUUUCCUGUUUUGUUCCCAUUUAAUCCAUCUUCUCUGACUAUGGACUCAAUCCACAUCCCAGCGUGUCUCAAUCUGGAGUUUCUCAGUGAAGUUUGAAAAAGUACAUUUCCAACUUUGGCUCAAUUACAAGUGAGAGCAAGAAGGAAGUACAUACAGUAAAAUAAUUUUAAGGAUAUGUUCAAUCUGUAAAAGUUGAUCAAAUCAGAGAUUGCGAGCCUGUGCUGAACUAUACAGAAUAAGACACAUCUGUCAUUACUUUUUGUACCUUACUGCUCAGAAUAAAAACACUUGAAAUAUGGAAGAUUUUUUAAGUAUGAUUUCAGUAUAAACAAAUACACAUCGUAAUCUGCAGUUCCCAUGGCCCUAUAAAAAUUGCCAGUAUAUAAAAUGGAAACUGCCUAGUUUUUGAUCUGGACAAUGUCCAAAGUAAAAUAAUAUUAAAAAUGUCAAUCACAUAAAUUGCCUUCAGAGGACCUUUAACAAAUAAUGGUACUAACAACCAUGACAAUGUCAUAGUGAGUGACAUUUCCCCAGGUUGACAAUCCAUAGGUGUGGAUGAGUUUGUGGGGAAAUGUUUUGAGAACAAAUAUACAGGCCUGGGCCUUCUGAGAUGUUUCCCAAAGGUCUUUUUCAAUGCCUGGUAAUGCAGAGACAGUGGUGUAAUGGACCUCCAGCCCAAACAUUUUGAGUAUUGGUUUCUGAAGCAAAAUUAGACUCAGUCCCUAAGGUGGUCAAACCCUGCUCUGCAGUCUUGGGUUUAUGGAAGUUAUGCUAAAAAGGCUGCUGUCCCAAACUAAAAAUGUAAGCAAGAUGGAAAGAUGUUUCCAAUGCUAGUCCAUGCACAUACUGAGGCAAUAAAAGUUUCACAAAAAUCUACAUAAAAGUUAGAAAAGAAUAACAACUCUUGUUUUAUUUACAGAUUAAAAAACCAGUCAGUAUGAAAGCCUUUCUAAUCCCUUAAUGCCAUUAAAUCUCCAAUAAGAACAUCAUAUAAUACACUAGUAAUUCCAGAUAACCAAGAUAGUAAGGGAAAAACUUCAUCAUGAGAGUCAGAUUAUUUGAAACAUCUUUCUAAAAAAGCAGUUCAGGGAAUAUUGUUUUCCAAAAGAUUUUUGGGUUUUCUCUGUAUGUAUUCUUUUUAAAGAGAGAAAAUAGCUAUGUCAACUAUCCCUUUUCAGGUUCUUUUCAACAUUUUUCAAAUUACCACAUAAAAACCGUAAAUAAUUCUGCUUUGAAAUAAAGAUUAAACGAGUAUUCAGUGAUACUAUUACAACAGAUUUUAUAUGUCUGCUUUCACAAAUUGUUUUUGUCUCUGCAAAAGCAGACAUUUGAUUAGAAAACCUUACAUAUUCUUUACACCAUGUUUUACUAUUUUUUCCAUACUUCUGGUAGGUAACAGUAUAUACUGUUUCCAUGACAAGAACAGAUGGUGUUUGCAAAUCAUACAUCCUCUAUAUUACGAUACGAUUUCUCCGUGAACUGCAUGUAGAAAAGCCCACCACACACACACAACACCUUCUUUUACUCAGCCACAAUUAAUUUAAAAGGCUCUUAGAAACAGAACACACCCAAGCCCUACAUAAUCUUGUGUACUGCGCCCUUACAGCUCAGCUUCUUCAUUCAUUCUCCUUGCCCACCAGGCAGAACAAGACAGCAUCAGGGUGAAUAUUGCGGACCACCAUGUCCAAAUCAAUGUCAGUGGCGUUAUCCCUUCUACCUCCACAUCAAACAUCCUGGCUUCUCUUGGAUGUCUACGUAGAGCUGUGCCUUCUUUCCCAGUUAUAGUUAUACACUCUGACAUCCAUCACACACCCCUUUCAACCCACACACUGACUUUGUUUGGAAGGCCAGUCUAAAGCAAUUGGGUCUGUGGCUACCUCUUUUUAAAGUUGUUUAGUAAGUAUAAUUUGUUUUUUACUGCACUGUAGUUUAAAACUGAGCCUCUCAUGUAAGGACUGACCUUAAUCUUCACAAUAACCCAAAAUGCCUUGUUGAGAGUGUCACGGAGUUUGAGAAGCAGUGAUUCCAUAAAUGCAAUGGCUUACUGUCCUUACAUAUUGUCUCAUACCCUCCUUCUCGCGAUUUCUUUGGGUCACUACCUCUCUGCUGUCACUGGUUAAUCAGUAGGUGCCAAGGACUCACUGAAUAAAAGCUUGGCAAUAAGAAUAAAUGCAGGAGGAACCUUAUGAAUAGUCUUUACUAAGCCUAAGAAAUGGCACACUUAGUUCUCGUCUUCCAAAGGAGAAAGGUAUUUCACUGGAGCUGUAUUUAAUUUAUAUAUACUUUAAAAAAGUCUUUUAGAGACCGCUAACAAAAGAAAUAUAGUAAUUGGUUACUUAAUGUUUAGGUCUGCCCUAUUUAACUUAACACUUGGAGGCUGCAAGAAGCAUCUUUAGGGAAACUUGAAUAAUCUUUUGUUAGUAUUUAUAUUCUUUGCAUUUUUUUAAAGUCAGUUGAACUCAGACUUUCCAAUUUCGUGCAAUCAAUAAUGAUUUUUAAUUUUAACUUAAUUCAACAUAAAGGUUUGAACUCUGCACUAGAUAUCUAUCUUUAUUUUUUAAUAUUUAUAAUUUAGUUGACACUUUUCUCACUAUGUGCCUUUAGAAGUUACUGAGAUAACUGACUUAUCACUUAUUUCUCUGAAAUAGGUGUUGCUGUGGGAAGAAUUUUAAUGCUUGACAUAACAUCAUAGUGGAGUUUGGAUUUGUCUUUUGAAAUAUUAGAAACAUUUUAAAGAUUCCUUAAGAAUCAAAUAUUUAUAAAGAAUUUGUGUUUUAAGUAUUAUAGGGGACCUACCUGUUUACCUAUAGUAAUGUGUGUUAUGUACAUAUUAAUAAUUGUUGCUGAAGCUGACAAGUAUAUUACCUACAUGCAUUUUCCCUGUGCCAUCAUACCUCCAGUUAGACUUACGGUAACUGGCAAGCAGUUUAGACCCAAAGGAAAACAGACUUCCCUCCCCCGUCCCCCCAUGGAGCAUGUUAACAGAAGUUUCCUAUACUAAAUUUUAAGACUUUUGUAA